UCCUCCUCUGCAGCGCGUUGUUGCGGACGUGCACGCACGCGAGCAACAGAUCCGAGCGCAUGCGCACAUCAUUGUUUUGACUGAAAAUGCCGUCGGUUUCGAAAACGGCGGCCAAUGCGUCUCCUCAAACCGAGAAACCGACCCAUUAUACAUACUUGAAGGAGUUUAGGACAGAGCAGUGUCCCUUGUUUCUUCAGCACAAGUGCACGCAACAUAGACCCUUUACGUGCUUUCACUGGCAUUUUCUAAACCAGAGGCGAAGGAGACCCAUUCGGAGAAGAGACGGAACCUUCAACUACAGCCCAGACGUUUAUUGCACCAAAUACGACGAGACCACAGGCAUUUGCCCAGAUGGAGACGAUUGUCCAUACUUACAUCGGACCACUGGUGACACAGAGCGCAAGUACCAUCUUCGCUAUUACAAGACAGGCACGUGUAUCCAUGAGACAGACGCUCGUGGGCACUGCGUGAAGAAUGGCCUUCACUGUGCAUUCGCUCAUGGGCCACAUGAUCUCAGACCUCCUGUCUAUGAUAUCAGAGAGAUUCAAGCACAAGAGGCUCUUCAGAACGGACAGCUGGGUUCUGGGGAAGGUAUCCCUGAUUUGCAGCCUGGAGUAUUAGCCAGCCAAGCUAUGAUUGAAAAAACUCUGACAGAAGACCCUCGAUGGCAAGAUACCAACUUUGUUUUAGCCAAUUAUAAAACAGAACAGUGUACCAAGCCCCCGAGACUAUGCAGACAGGGUUACGCCUGCCCUCACUACCACAAUAGUAGAGAUCGUAGAAGAAAUCCGAGAAAGUACAAAUAUAGGUCAACUCCUUGUCCCAGUGUGAAGCAUGGGGAUGAAUGGGGCGAACCUUCCAAGUGCGAAAGCGGAGACAGCUGCCAUUACUGUCACUCGCGCACUGAACAGCAGUUUCACCCAGAGAUCUACAAGUCUACCAAAUGCAAUGAUAUGAGACAAACUGGAUACUGCCCUCGUGGACCUUUUUGUGCUUUUGCACAUGUAGAAAGAAUUCCCUCAGCAGAGGAGACCAUGGGUUCGCUGUUGACGGUGAUACAGUCGAGCUCACAGUCCCAGCUGGUGUCACAGCAGUAUUUAGAGUGUCCAGUCGGUGGGUGGAACAGCGGAGGAAACUCCAACAGCACAACUAGUAGCAAUGGUCAAGUGGAGGGUGUUUCAUGUUCUAAUAGCUCAACUCUAACACGAAGCUCAGGAAGUGACACUUUGUUAUCCCCAGUGGGAUCCGUCAGCAGGCCCAAAUCCUUAACUAACAGUAGUUUAUGCUCAGAGUCCAGCACAUCCAGUGUCUCAUCUCUGAUGUCUAACUAUCCUAGAGCUCCCGGCUUUGAACGUGAGGAUCAGAUAAAGAACAAGGGGCACAUGGAUCAAAAAUUGAUGGACCAAGAAAAACAAACACAAAAUACCGUGUUCUCCACAGUGAACCCUUUGGCCUCGAGCUUUACCUCCAGUAUAACAUCCAGCUUGGCCUCUAGCGUUGGCUCUGAUAGCUCUUCACCCACCACUUUAUCAACCAUGAAUGCAAAGGCUACACCUUUCUAUCCAGGCAGUAACACGGUGGAGUCCGUCAUUGGUUCUGCUCUGGACCUCAACUUUAGUGAUAUCAAUGUUGCAUCUCUUGAUAAGGAGUUAGAGGAACAAGACCACAGUGUUGGGAUGACAAGUCAAAGGGUUCUCGUUGGAUCGGCUCCUGUUAACAUUCCGGGCUCUCUGGCACGAUCGUCUUCUCUUAACUCCUCGUCGUCUCUGUCCACCUCUCCGCUGAGCUCCCUUUCCCAGUCUCUGUCUCAGUCCCUCCUGUCUGCAGCAGUAUCACAGCAAAAUCAAACUUCAAGCAUGCUAGCCAAACAAGAGCAUGGCCUCUUGGGAACGCCCACAUCCUCUUCCCAGAACUCUCUAGGUCUAAAUGGAGGAGCCAGCAACAUUUGGGAUUUUGUGAGCGGCAACUUUUCUCCGAGUCCAUCUCCGGUUUUUAGCAGCCUGACCCCCACAGGCAGCAGCAGCAGUGGCGCAGACCUGACACGCCUUUUUAGAGAACUGGAUGAAGCGAAGAGGAAGAUCAAACAAUGGGAGGAGGCCUGGCAUCAGGUUAAACAGGCUUGCGAAGCGUGUCAGAAGGAGGCCCACGAAGCCAAGGAACAGGCAAAAACGGCCGAGGCGGAGCGGCAGAUAGCCGAACAAAAGUGGGAGAAAACCGAGCGCAAGCUGAAAGAGCUCCAAGGGGACUUUGACGUUCUUUGCCGCACGCCAGGAACGCCUCUGCUGCGUAGCUACGGGGAGCUGGAACAGCUGCCGCUGGCGAAGCUUCGCUCCAUCCAGAGUCAGCUGCGCAACGACCUCGACCGCAUAGACGGGGUAAUUUAUCAGCUUCAGUCAAAGAAAUGUAUAGUUUGCCAAAAGCAUGACCGUUGCAUUGUUCUGCAGCCUUGCCAACAUUAUGUACUCUGUGAGACCUGUGCGCCUAGUAAAACAGAAUGUCCCUAUUGUAGAACGAAAAUACACAAGUGGUGAUGUAGAGUUGGCAGUUUUAUCGAGGUACUUUUUAAAGAACUAGCCCUUUUGGAAAGAACUACUACUAGAUAUUACAGUACAGUUUCUGAAUAGCAAUGUCAUUUUUAUUCAGUGAUUUAAUUCGUGGUUUUUUUUUUUGGAACAAAAUGAUGUUUGACUGAAAGAGAAUCUUAUCAAUCACAGUAUGUACAUGUAAUCCAAUCAGUCACUAUGGUUUUUUGCUCAUCGUAUAUGAAACCUUUAUCUAUUGAGAAAGGUCCUCGAAUUAGAGUAUGAAAAUACCUUAUAGUGCCUUUUACCAAAUUUAGCAACAAUUUAGGAACUCUGAAAGUACAAAAAAAAAAAAAUCACAAUAAUGUUAAACUGAGCAAAAAAAAAAAAACACUGAUUGCAAAUCGGGCAUUUUUUUUUUUCUACAAUGAAUGCAAAAUUACAAACGACAAACUCGAAACAGAGAAAAGCACUUAAAUCCAACGCCUGGUGCACAAAGACACUGUUGAAAAUAAGUUUGUAUUUUUGUGCCUGUUUUUUCUUAUUAAUCUCUAAUGCAUUUAAUCUGUUCCUACACUAAAGUAUUGUAGUAAAGGAAACUUGUCUCAAGAUCGCUUUACUAGAUCUCACGUGAGACGUGACGGAUCGUUUUUUGAUACAGACGGCUUUUACGGUCUGUAAUAUCUUAAGGUGAUGUCGGAAGUUCGUUAAUGGUCUUUAACUCAUUGUAAUCAGGUUGAGGAAAGCAGAGUUAGCCUUCUAGCAAAAAUCAUACAUUAUACAUUGUAUUCACAAUGAUUAAUAAUAAUGACCAACGUGAUUACAAAUGUCUGAUAAUUGUUAGAUUAAAUGUACAAAAAAAAAAUAGUUGUUUAUUUAGUCGAGAGAACAAGACUUGUAGAACUUUAUGCAUUCUGAUCAGUGUAAUACAUCAGACAAAUGACUUACGGUAUGAAAUGGGCAAAACCCACGAGCAAAUUUAACUUUAUUUAAAGAGGAAUAAGAAAAAGGUGUCUUUUUAACUUCUUACAAAUCUCAGAGCUUCAAAAACAGCUGAUUGAUUGUUGACUUGUUUCUAUAAAAAAAAAAUUCUGUAAAUUGGGAGUUGCUUCUUAAAAAAAAAAAAGUGGGGAAAAACAAAACGAAAAAAAAAAAACCUAACAUUUUCACUCUUCCUCUUUAUUUAAAGUCACAUUUUGUGUGAAAUAAUCCAAUGCAAUCCAGUCAAACAUCAUUGUUUUGACCAACUUUCUGAAGAAUUUUGAUUUCUUAUUAAAGCACUUUGUUAACCUGGGACUUAAUUAAAGAGUAUAUACCGGUAGAUAUUUUUUUUUUUUUUGCUUUAAGCUGCUUUUUAGGUAUUCCUUUGUCUUUUUUUUUUUUUUUUUUUUUUUUUAGUUUUAUAUCUUCUUCCUAUAUAAGCUAAUGUCUGAAGCAAUGUCUCUGUGUACUGUGAAACAUAGUUUGAAUAUUUCAAUGUUUCCUAUUGUUAACUCAUUGCAUGGUUCAGCAUAUUAUUAAGAUUUCAUAGAGGGGGGGGAAAAAAGUACUAGUUUCUACUUUCAUAGUUAGAUUUAUAAAAAAUUUCAAUCAAGAAAGUGCAAAUCCAAGAUGCAUUUAGGCAUAACCAGCAGCUCUGUUAUGUGUAAGGCACAUGCUACGUGUUUGAGGCUGUAUUUUAAUCAGUUACUUUUGUUUUUGUAGAGAAUUUCUAUAGCCUAGCCACUAGAGAAGCAUGUAUUGUAUAAGCAAAAACAAAAAAGAAGAAAAAAAAAAAAAGAAGCCUAAAAUGAAUUUUGUAGGACUCUAGCCUCUUGACUUUGUGUAGAACAUAUCGGCCUCUAACUCUGAAGUGCCUUGCCUUAGUUUUAAAACGAUACAUUUAGGAUUUCCUAAGCAGAUUACAAGUAGUUUAAGCUUUUGCGCGGGUUUCUACAUUACGAAGUUAUACGUGUUACUUCAUUCUAUAAAUAGUGUAGUGUAUCGUGUAGUGUAUAGGGUUUGUACACACACACUUUCAUUUGAAAUGAUGCCAGUGUAGAGCACCGAAUUCAGUGAAUAUUUCUGAA